AUGUCGGUACAGUUUAUUAUUUGUUUGAAUAAGCAAGGGAUAGUACGGUUGCUCCGCUGGUUUGUGAAGCUAGAUACAUCAGAGCACGCUACACACCAAGAAUAUAUACAGCAUGUUUUCAAGGUGGUAUCGCAGCGGGACCACAGGCACCAAAGUAACUUUAUUGAAUUUUCCGAGCACACAAAAUUGGUUCACAAACGGUAUGCGGGCUUAUAUUUCAUUAUGGGAGUAGAUAAAGGCGAUGAAGAGUUGAUCUAUCUAUCACAAAUCCAUCUAUUCGUCGAGGUGCUAGACUCAUUCUUCGGAAAUGUGUGUGAAUUGGAUAUUUUGUUCAAUUUCUACAAGGCUUACAUGGUAAUGGACGAGAUGUUCGUUGCGGGGGAGAUACAGAGUACGUCAAAACAGCAGCUAUUGGAGCGGAUCGGGGAAUUGGAUAAGCUUAACUAG